UCCACCUAUCGGUCAAUAUGCAGUGUACGCCUGGCAAUCAUGAGCACGUAAUGCAUGUUAUGUAUCGAUUCCUAGGACAAUCAACAGGACGUCAUAUGUUGUAGUAAUAUUCACCCACCCAACAAGUGCUUGUAAUGUUAAGGUGACUUGGGUAUUAAAGCAGAGACUAUAUUUAGAUCGUUUGUCGAAGGUGCGGUGGACUGUGGAUACUACUUCCUGGUCUAACAAACACAGGUUCGCAUUUCAGGUGUAGCUACAUUGUCGACACGGACUUGUGUGUGAGUUUGUAAGAGUCAUGUAUUGAGACCUCGCUAAAGCCUAACAGUGCCCAGUGUUACAUCAUAAUUACGACACAUGCAGGAGUCAACCUACACGGACCAGAGCGUCCUGUGGAACAUGUGCCUGGGGUAGAUGCAUUAGUUGUACAUCGUUUUCAAUAUUAAUGAAGAGUUUCGUCAUAUGAGGAGGUAUCAACAGCAUUGAGGAGGAAAAACUAAGUAAUUUAGCCGGUAACCCGCCACUGUGUUCGUUGAAAUGGAUGUUUGGCGUACAGUUGUGUUGUUUGCCUGUGGGUUCACUACAUAUGCAGGGGGUUCGACCCCCCUAAUGCUGACCAGUUUCCCAGCUACUGCAUCGCCUGGCCAACCAUACAUCUUGAUGUGCAGCAGCAGCAGUGGCAGCCGUACCAGACAAUGGUACUGGAGGAAUGAUGUAAUCUUCUCCACAAAUUAUGUAUCAGACAAAUUGUGUCGAGUAGAUGCUGCCAACAAUGACCUGUAUCAACAGCUGUCAAGGCAUGUCAAUAUGACCUGUAGUCAGAACCAGCACAAUGUGACUCUCAGGAUCCUCACUUCCAUAGAUAAUGGAUCUGUGUGGUGGUGUCUAGAUUAUCAGGCCAUGGGCGGUCCAGUGAGAAGCAAUAAUCUGACGAUAACCAAAGUUAAUCAUUUGGCAAUGGCCUCAACAACUUCAACAGGAAAAUCUGACACGGUCAGCAAGACAUCUCAAACAGUGGAUGUGACAAAUGGAACAAUGAUGCCGUCAACAAUAGUGCCUACAACUACUCAAGUUGGUGUCAGUGUUUUCGAACGUCCUGAAAGUAACGGUAAUCAAGUUGUCUACAUCGCCGUUGGUGUUGGGGGAGGUGUUGUCGUCGUCAUUGUCGUUGUCGUCGGCGUUCUGUGUAUAAGAAGAAAGAGAGGUCGUCCUGUGAAUAAAGGCAGUACACGUGAAGAGAAGUACGAGACACCCACACAUGUCUGCUACAACGAAAAUCCCGGCUUUGAAGACCAAGACAUCACCAACAAAGUUCAAGUGGAAAAUGAUAUUUAUGAGACUUCUCAGGACGCCACAUCACCCAACCAGCCUUCAACAAAUGACCACAUGAUAACAGUGGAAAAUGAUAUUUAUGAGACUUCUCAGGACGCCACAUCACCCAACCAGCCUUCAACAAAUGACCACAUGAUAACAGAUAUUUACGCCCAAGUGAUGAAACCCAAGGGAAAUAAGCCGGGACCUCCAGGUACAGCUGGCGACAUCAACAUAGAGGAUCUAUACGCCAAACCUGACAAAACUAAGAUCUGGAAGAAGCAGGAAGACUAAUUGGCUGGAAAAAGGGGAAACCUUUGAUGAUACGAAAUGGACUGACAUAUGUAAUGUCAGAAUUCUGAAAAAGGAGAUGUACUGUAUAUGUGCCUCGUAGAUUUUCGGUGACACAUCCUAGUUAAAUAGUUUUAUACUCUCUUCAGCAGUAUGAUUGGUACAGUGUUUUCAUUAUAAACGUUGAUUGUGUGUACAAAUAUAAAAAUCAAAGCGUCACAGGCUCCAUAUAUACAACAGCUAUCUGUUUACUCCAAGAUCCCCUGCUCCAACUUGUAACUCAUCACUUGUUGCUAAACAUGUUAUGGAGGAUACAAUCACGAACAGGCUUUGUGCUUUUUUUACAUUUUAAUGAUUUUUUUUGUUGAUUUUACAUGUAAUGCAGAUUCAACUUGGCUUUUAUCCAUAUUUAUUCAGGACAUUUCUUUUCUGUGGAAUGAUAAAAAGGCUACCUUGUACGUCCUUGUGAAUUAGUGACGGAAGGGGUGAGUGUGUGAAACCCAGGAGCAUAGGUAUGGUGCUAAGAAACCAUGAGUCGUUAUCAGAGCGAUACUCCGUGUCGCCUGAGGGACGCAACUAUGCGCAGCGACACGGGGUAUCUAACGCCAGUUUGGUAUCCAUGCCCCAGUGAAUAUUUCAGGGCUUUUGUAUGAGUUUGUAUUAUUUGUAUAAUAUCAGUUAAUAACAUGAACAAGCCCAUAUUUUAAAUUCCACCUGUAUUGUCAGUAUGUCAAAACAAGAGUUAUCAAUGAUGACAUCACUUUAACGGUGACAGAGCUAUUUUAUCUAUGAAAAUGAUGUCACAAUAUCUUUGGUGUCCAUACACAGUUAUCAUGUCCGCAAGCAACACAUCAUGACCCAUUUAUUAGUUUCAUUCUGUAGUUUUUACUCUAUAAUAUCAUCAAUCGCAUCGCCACUCGUAACACAGGCGAAGUUAACGUCUUAAGAGUUAUUACGAAACACAAUUGUUUGAUAUUUGAGUAGGUCCAUGAUUUAUGAUAUGUAACGUUUAUGACGUUUUUGUUAUCCGUAAAUAAUCGACAAACUUUCUUACUUGUAUAAUUUCUGACGGAACCAAAUAGAUUAUAAAAGUACAUUAAUCUUAUUUAGAUCACUUAUGUAGUUAAAAGUGAGGUAAAGUUCGACCCGCCGCCCUACAAUCAGCUGAGUUCUGUUUAUUCUGUAAAUUGAAAUGCAUAUGCAUGUGACUUUACUUUGACUAAAUAAUGUCUUUCAAAAACACCAAACUAGUAUCUCCGUGUCUAAUGUAUAGUCACUUUUCCCCACCACAUGUGACUAUCACUAUAAAGUGUGUACGUCUCGUUUUAACCCUUAUCCCUUUCAAAUCAGUUCCAGGUGUUUUUAUGCCAUAACAAGUCACUUUAUGCUGACAUUAUGUUAACGACCAUACACAACUGAUAUGAAAGUGUUGUGUACUUCUCUGACUUGUACAUUGCCGUGUUGUGCGGCAAAUGCUUGACACUUGUGAUCACUCGAACAUUGAUUUCUUUCAGCGACAUGUAUGUGUGCCUGAUAAACAUUCAUGUUUUCCUCAACUCAGACGUGUACAAGAACAGCUUGUAUUACAUGGCUAUCAGUGAACACAACCUAGCGUGCUUUGGUCGCCACCCGUAACAAUGCAUAGCCUACAAAUAGGCAGUAUAUGUUACCGCGGUAUGUGUAUAACAUUAGCCUGUUAUUGAAAGUGAUGUAUAUUUAGACAGCCGUUCCCUGCUGAAUAUAAAUUCCUGGUCUGGAAAACACAAUCUUGUUCAACCUGUUUCUGAAUGUGUUGACAG